AUGAGCCACCUGCGGGCGGCCGCCGCCGGGUGGGUGGAAGGCGGCAGGGACUUGGGGGCCCAGCAGGAACUGGAGCAGAAUCUCUUAGGGCAGGAGCAUCCUGGUUGCGGUUUCCCUCCCGCUUGGCUGGGCAUGUGCUGCCCGGCACGCGUCCCCGCAGCCGCCGCUGCCUCCCCCAGAUACCUGCUGCCCGGAGCAGCCGAAGAGGAGGAGGAGGAGCCGCUGGAGGCGGGGGGAGCCGAGCAGCACCUGGGCGGCUGCAGCAGCAGGAACGGCCCCUCGGUGAAACUGUGCAAGCUGCCAGGGGGCGUCCCGUCGGCGGAGGGGGUGUCGGGCUGCGGUAGGCAGCGCGCCCCGUCUGGAGGGCUCCGGCAGCAGGUGAGCGGCGUGCAGAAGCAGCGGCGGCUGGCGGCUAACGCCCGGGAGCGGCGGCGGAUGCACGGGCUGAACCACGCCUUCGACCAGCUGCGCAAUGUCAUCCCCUCCUUCAACAACGACAAGAAGCUGUCCAAGUACGAGACACUGCAGAUGGCGCAGAUCUACAUUAGCGCGCUGGCCGAGCUGCUGCACAGCCCGGCCGCACCCCCCGACACCCCGGGCAAGGACGAGCACCGCUCCCCGCCCCACGAGUCAACCGGAGCAGAGGCCGGAGCUGUAGGGCAAGGACAGGGGCAACAGCAGAGACCCUCGCCCUCCGGCCACUGCAGGACUCGCUUCCCCCAGCAGCCGGCUGCGGGGGGCUACUCGGUGUCGUUGGACCCUCUGCACUUCUCCUUCCAGGAGAGCUCCCUGAUGGCACAGAAAGCCCCAUCUCCGGCCCUCCUGGGGCAGCCGCAGGAGAGGAGCAAACCAUCGCCGAGGUCCCACAGGAGCGAUGGAGAGUUCUCGCCCCGCUCCCACUACAGUGACUCUGAUGAGGCCAGCUAG